CGCUCUUCCUCGCAACUCCAGUCUGUUUCAAUGGCGCAAUUGUCGCGCAGCUGCGAAAUUCUGCACAUUACUGUCUACCACGCCGCUCACCUAAUCCACAUCUUGCUCCUCACUUGGUUGCGAGGAGGCCAAGCGGUUUGGCACUCGGAAUCAAGUCUGUCGGCAGUGGUGGUACAGCUUGCCGUGCCACACCUAGGCGCAUAUGCAGGUAUGAGCAGAGAAGGUAUCGAGUCUUUCUAUGCGCAGCACUAAUGCGUGUCUGCUGCCACCCGCCACUACAGCAUCUAGAAUGUUUUGUGCUACUCCAGGGAACCUAAACUGACGUCUCCAACGACCAUUUGCCAUCAAGAAACCCCAUCAUCAUUCUCAGCAAAGAGCUCAUAUCUAACACUUUGUCCUGCAAUCCAUCUCAAAAAAUGCUGCAACGGCAAAAUACACGUGCAGAGAAGCUACGCCAGAUACGCCAUCCACAGCCAUCUCGUCCUAUUUUCGCCCGCCGACAGAGGCAAUCACGGUUAAUGUUCUUGAUGCGCUAGAACUGCAGCUUACAGGGAACAACGCAUACAAUGAUUGUGUAUGAAUGCCUUACGCAGCAGAGCUAAGAAGGAGGCAACGCAAAAUUGGCCUAGGCUAAAGAAGAGACAGCACCCCCCUCCCCCCUUUCUUUAUCUGAGGUGGUCUCUUCCAAAAUAGAGUCUUUCCCCCCCUCUUCAUUGUGAUCC